AGUUUCUAGCUCAAACGCUUUGGACACAUCCGCCCGGCGAAUGGAUAAGAAGGUGCACCGCCUUCGGCAUGCCCCGACCCUGAGCCCGUGUUAUCACUUGAGGUCGGACCUGGGCUGACAUUUGAUGUCCAACUUUGACAAAGUAAAUCCAGGAGCUGUCUUUCAGGCUGAGUGGGCCAAAUGGCAGAAGCAGCUGCGGGAGUGGCGCCAGUCAUAUGAUGAGUGGCGCCAAGUCAUCCAACAGCUACAGGAGUGGGAUGAAAAGGAAAGCAAAGGCGUGCAUGGCCAGCUGGCCUCCAUAGAUCCCAAUUUGGAUGUUUUUGCCAUUGACAACAUUAUGGACAUCGGCGAGGGUGAGCCGCUCUUUGGAAGCUUUGAAUAUGAGGACUGGCUGCUUCUCAGCACCAAGGUGGAGCUUCACUUACUGGUGCACCACUUUCGGGAUGAUACCGGUGGAGCAGUUCUGGAUGAGUCCAACCUUCAACAUUACUACAAGACGUACUUUCGGCGCGAGCUGAAACUUGAUGACUUCGCGGCAAAGUCUGCAGCCGAAGUCAUUGAACUGGUCCAGGAUUCGGUUUGCAUUGAAAAUGCCCUGUUGGACUACAAGCUGCCUGAAGACACGCCCUUCGUGCAUUUCUUGAAGAUGACAGAGAAAGCACGCCGGGAUCGCCUUCAAGCCUUGGAGGCUGGUGACGAAACUGUCCUGCUCAAGUUUCCCGGUGCCGAGAAAGAAAGAGAAGCCAAGAAGAAGUACGAAGCAAGAAAAGCCAAGGAGUCCCAACCACCAUUGGAGCGGAAAGGUCUAGCGAAGCGGCCGCAUCAAGAAGUUGGCUACAAAGACCAAGAUCGUGAGAGGCGACCUGAACGUGACCGAGAUAGGCCUGGUGAGUCAUUGAGGGCAAGCAACUACGGUCAGAGCUAUUCCAGUCGAGAUGACAAGCAGUCUGGUAGAGAGCGUGACAUGCCGAGGGAUCGCUACUCAGAUAGAGAUAGGGAUAGACGCCCAGAUCGAUAUAGCGAGCGAGACACCGACAGAGAUGGCUACAGAAUCCAGAGCCGGUCAAGAGAUAGAGGAAGAUAUGGCGAGGCAGAUUCCAGGAGGUACCGGACCGGCAGUCAUGCCAGUCCUCCGAGUGAGCCGCGCACCGCGGCUGCGCGAUGCCCUCCGCCGCCCCCAGCCCCACGAGCUAAUACAACUACACGAAGAGACCCACCAAGCACCGCCUACUCCAGAGCGCUCCCAGACAGGGACAGGGAAAGAACACCUGCACAGCCUGCACCACAGACGGCGUAUCGGCGGGAUCCGCCACCAGACUCCAGAAGUGGUCAAAGGUCGGCUUUGUCGACGCAGGUCUACAGCAGAGAUGCUGGCACAUACGUUCAAAGUGUUCCACGUCCAAUUGUGCCUGCACCACCUGCAGCCUCUCCAGGCAUGGUCAAAGGCCCAGCGCAGGGCCAAAUCAAAGGCAACAGUGGCAGCAGCCAAGUCAAGGGAGGCAAAGGGCAUUUGCGCAGACCUGCGAAGGAGUUGGAUCCAUUGGACGCCUUUAUGGCUGGGAUGGAACAGCAUGGGGAGGCCUUCGCUACUGGAGAGCUAAAUGAGCCAAAGCGAUCUAGGCCUGAUCCGCCAGCAGCAGCCCCACAAGCUGAUCCCAGAAAGGGUCAGAUGGUCAACCAUGGCGACCACGGUGCAAGCCACAGCUUUCGUGGUGAUCCGGCACCAGAAAGAUACCGGUCAAAUGCAUCGCGGUCUGAUGUCCGACAUUCUGAUGGUCGAGAUCGUCAUCCUGGCAACCACGGGAGUGACUACCGCUCUGAGCGGAGUGCUUACCCAGAGAGCUACAGGAGCGACGCUCGGAGUGACAGUCAUCGUGAUGGCCGAUCUGAUCACCGUCCUAUAGGCUCUUUGAGCGAGCGUGCGGAUAGCUCUCGCAAUGACAGCCACCGGGACAGCUAUCGACCACCAUCAUACCGGGAUAGCUACAAUAACGAUUCCCAUGUGCGGAGCGAAAGCUACCGCGCUGGCUAUCAAGCAGAUGGCUAUCGAGAUGGCAGGGGCCAGGUCCGGGAUGACGAGCGGAAUGGCCGGAGCCAGGGGGCAGAUUACAGCCGUCCGGAGUUCGGCCGAAGUGCUGACAACUACAGGGUCGAUGCCUACAGGAGUGCCCCUGACGGUUAUAGUCGUACUUCGACCCCGUCCCAUGGACAGGUUGAGGACAGAAGAACCAUAGGAGCCAGGAGCGGUUAUUCUGGCCGCGUCAACCCGCAAGACUUGUAAAAGGCUUCCGUGCAGGUUGAGUGAUGAAGUGCCUUGUUCCUUUCCACCUCAAUGGCUCACAUGAUGUUUUUCCAACGAAUAACUAUUAUAUUAUACAGUAUAUGGAACUUUUUAAAACCCGUGGAGGCCCCCUGCCUCCA